AUGUCUGAUCAAUCAAAGAAGGCCAAUCAGCCAAAGAAGGGCCCUAGCAAAAAAGAAGAGGCCGCUCGACCGAUGAAUGGGAAGCCAUCUGGGUCUCGUGGAAAUUCAUCUACAGAGACUACAUCAGGUGGAGGAGGCAAUUCUCAAGCAGCGUCAAGUCAACCACAGCCGGCGGCAAUAGGAACAUGGGAAGAUCAGACGCUCAAUCAAGAGCCUCCCCUUUUAAUUGAAUUGCCUGGUCGCGAGCAAAGAUCCUGCCCGAAAGAAACAUCAGACCAGAUAGAUAAAGACAUGAAGGAACUGGAAGACAAUAAUCAGCCUGGCAACAACGACAAGGUUGAGGGAAAGGGCAAAGGCAAAAACGUCUAG